AUAUAUAUAUAUAUAUAUAUAUAUUAUACACACGAAAAAAAUCAAAGAAGGAAUGUUUUAUUGAUGAUGAGCAAAGAUAUCUUACUUCAUCAGCAAGUACAACAACAACAACAAGAGGAGAAUAUGUCGAUUCUAACUUCAGCAUCUGGGGAUCAAACAAGUGCCUCUUCAGGAAUCAGAACUGAAGCAAGUGGUUCUAAUUACUUCCCUCAUCAUCAACAACAACAAGAAGAACAACAACAGUUCUUUGUUCCUGAAUCUCAGCCUCAGAAGAAGAGGAGGAACCAACCAGGAAAUCCAGACCCAGAAUCAGAAGUGAUUGCUUUAUCACCAAAGACACUAAUGGCAAGAAACAGAUUCGUGUGUGAGAUCUGCAACAAAGGAUUCCAAAGAGACCAGAAUCUACAGCUUCACAAGAGAGGUCAUAAUCUGCCAUGGAAGCUGAAACAACGAUCCAACAAAGAAGUGAUAAGGAAGAAAGUGUAUGUUUGUCCAGAAGCAAGCUGUGUCCACCAUGACCCAUCUCGAGCUCUAGGUGACUUAACCGGAAUCAAGAAGCAUUUCUGUAGAAAGCAUGGAGAGAAAAAGUGGAAAUGUGACAAAUGCUCAAAGAAAUAUGCUGUUCAGUCAGAUUGUAAGGCUCAUUCUAAGACUUGUGGUACCAAAGAAUACAGAUGUGACUGUGGCACUAUCUUCUCUAGGAGGGAUAGUUUCAUAACUCAUAGAGCAUUUUGUGAAGCAUUGGCUAAAGAGACUGCAAGAGAAGUAGUAAUACCACAAGAACAGAAUCAUCAACCAAACCCUAUUUUAGUUCAUCAAUCUACUUUUCAUCAUCAACAUCAUCAAGCACAACCAAACAUGAACUUCUCUUCCUCGUCUCCCUCUUCCCACAACAUCAUCAAUACCCUUCACUUCGAGACCAACAACAAUGGUACUAACAAUAGUAACACUAGCAGUAACCAUCUCCAUACAUUUCCAGUGAAGAAAGAGCAACAACAAAGCAAUGAUCAUAUGAUCAAUUACCACCACCAAAGCAUCCCUCCUUGGCUUGCGCCUCACGAUCUCACGUUUCCAAACCCUAACCCUAAUAAUGGGGGAGGAGGUUUGUUCUCUCUUGCAGCUUUUCCCGCCAUGUCAGCCACCGCAUUGCUCCAGAAAGCAGCCCAAAUGGGUUCCACAAAGACACCUCCUCUACCACCAACCACUGACUUCGAGAGGUCAGCUCAUCAUAACACCCUCACCACCACAAUGGCGGCAAUGAUGACGUCACCAUCUGGAUUCAUCAGCUCCAACAACAACAAUCAAGUUUUUCUUCAAGGCUACCACGGUGGAGAAGAAGCCUUUGACCACACAUUUAGCGCGCUCUUGAGGACAAACGUUGAUACUACGACCGCAGGAUCAGACACGAAGAAAAGAGGUGGAGGCGGUGGAGUAGGAGAAGGUUUGACUAGAGACUUCUUGGGGCUAAGACCGUUAAUGUCGCAUAACGAGAUACUAAGUAUUGCCGGCCUCGGGAAUUGCAUCAGCGGCGCUGCUCCUGAUCAGCUUCGUCCAAAGCCUUGGAAGGACAAAAAAAAUCUCACGUAUGUUAGGAGGCUUCUUAGAGCAAGAGCAUCAGUGAACCCCCCUUCAGGCACACAAGUCGAAUCAACAAAAGAUAGGGACGCAUCACGUUUUGCUUGAUAGCAUGUAUAAAACUCAUGUACAUCAGUAUAUAUGUCACACAUGGUCUGCCACAACUAUGUAAUAUGCUAGUGUUGAUUACACAUUAAAACAUUCAUUAAAUUGAUGAUUAAUUUAGUUUUCACUUCACAGCUCUUUAUCAAUUAAUAUUGAAAAUUAUGCAUUACUAUUUAAAGAAUUUAAAGUACUAUUGAUAACUGAAAUUUUAAACCUAUAGAAUAAUAUCCCGGUAUUAUUAGAAUUCAUUUUGUCAAAAUAAAAUCCAUUAUUAAUUUAUUAUUCUCCAGUUUGAAUAUACAUAAAAUUUACUUGGCGACAAGUUAAAAUAAUUUUUGAAUAGUUUCUUGCGAAGGUCUUCACUAAGAAAGAUAUAUACUUUCACAUGCAAUAAAGUGUGGAAAAUCACUGAAAUAAAUAAAGAUGUCUUUGUUAAAGAUAAUAUAGAGGAUGAUUAUCUAUUUGAGGGAUAAUGUUUAUCUCCUCUUUUGUCUUUUAGUUAAUAGUCGGUUUGAUGAACCGACUUUAGACUACUAUAAAUAGUGGCUCUUUGUAUGGUUUGAAUAAUAAUGAAGAAUCCAAGAAUAUAGUCAUUCUCUCUCUCGUUUCUAUUUUCCAAACGAACAAAUAAACAAUUACAUCUCUUUCGACUUAUAUUUCACAAUACGUACUAUCAGUACGAGACCCUAACCAGCUGAGGCUUAUCAAUCCGAAAGUUCUUAAACGUAGCCGAGGUAAUGUUUAAAUUUAUAUUUAAUUUAUUUAAAUUUUAUUAUUAUUUCGGAGUGAGAGGCUGGACCUUCUCCGUUUAUUUUUCGGGAUGAUAGGCGCUGCCUUCCCCGACUGAUCGUUAUGGUAGGCUAUGCCUUCAGAGAAACACGUGGUAGGCUUUGCCUCCGUGAAUAAAAAUAAAAGGUCAAAAAUGGCAGACUAAGUCUCCUCGGACCUUGAAAUAAGUAAAAGUCAAAAUGGUAGACCAUGUCUCCUCGGACUUUGAAAAAUGAUCAAUAUGGUAGUCUAUGACUCCUCGGAUCAUGUGGUAGGCUGAGCCUCCCGGUUUUAUUUAUGCUAUUUAAAUUUCUGCAAUUUAAAUUUAUGCAAUUUAAGUUUAUGCUUUUAUUUUAUGUCUUUAAUUUUUGCAUUUAAAUUAUGCAUUUAAAUUCCCGUUUUUACUAUAUUUAUAAUAUUAUUCUAUGAAUACAGUUAUCAUGUCGAAUUUGACAAAACUCGAAAUUAAUGCCCUGGAUAUUACGGGAAAUAAUUAUAUGACAUGUGCAAGUGGGUGCAAAGAUGCACCUGAGAGGAAACAAGCUUUUGGAAACCAUCGAUAGUUCGAAAACAGUGUCGGAUGAGAAAAAGGCUAAAGCCAUGAUAUUCUUACGACACCACAUCCAUGAUGGUUUAAAGGAUGAAUAUAUUACGAAAGAGGAUCCUUGUGACCUCUGGAAAUCUUUAAAAGAGAGGUUCGAUCACCAGAAAUAUGUGAUCUUACCGAAAGCUAAACACGAGUGGAUCCAUCUCCGGUUCCAGGAUUACAAAAGUGUUAGUGAGUUUAAUUCCGCGAUGUUCGGAAUUACUUCGAGGAUGAUGUUAUGUGGAGAGAAAAUAAGUGAUUAUGAUAUGAUCGAGAAAACUCUCUCCACGUUCCAUCCUGAAAAUGUAAUCCUGCAGCAACAGUACCGGGUGAAUGGAUAUACCCGUUACUCGGAGUUGAUGCAAGUCCUCCUUGUAGCGGAGCAGAAUAAUCAACUCGUGACUUUAAACCAUCAAGCUCGUCCCACUGGAUCUGCUCCAUUCCCUGAAGCGAAUGUUGCAUCAUCCAGUUAUGAUAAUAGAAGAGGACGAGGUCGUGGACGUGGUGGAAACCGUUAUCAUGGUCGUGGAAGAGGACGAGGAAGAAGAUUCCGUCCCUAUGAUGAAAGAAAUAAUAAAGACUUCCACGAAAAUGAAAGGAAUGAAAAGGGCCAGGAUGAUAAAAGGCAAACGGGAAAGGUUUGCUACAGAUGCGGCAUGAAAAGUCAUUGGGUACGAAACUGUCGUACGCCAAAACAUUUAGCCGAUCCGUAUAGAGAAUCCCAAAAAGGGAAAAGAGAAAGGAAGAGGUGAAACAAACUUCAUCUCUGAUGAACCUGGGCCAUCCUUUCAUGGUUUGAACGAUGAUACUCAUCUCGACGUAUCAGACUUUCUGGUUGAGCCAGAGAGUAUCGAUGAGUGAUGUAGAUCGAUGUGAUAUAAAUAAACUGUAUUAUAGUAUCUAUAUCUUUUGUUGUCAGAUAUAUGUUAUGUUUGUCAUGUUUGAUAAUAUGUUUUAUGAAUAUUUUAUAUUCAGAAAAUGCCAAACUUUGAGACUAUGGAUGGAGAUCUAUG